CCAACACAGAUAAACACAAAAGGCAGACCAUCACCCUUUCUUCUCCAACAUCUCUCAUUGCUCACUUCCAAGUUCCCUCCAUCGAUCAUCUCCCCGUCGCCGCUCACGAAACAACUCAUGGCUUCUUCCUCCAGCGCCCGAAGCAGCCGUGUGGCCACAUGCCUCGUGCUGCUUCUCCUGGCCGUCAGCCUCCGAGAAGCCUCGGCCGCGAGGCCGCUCCGGCCAGCCGUCGACAUGCCUAGCGAGGUGCUCAAGGACCAGGUGAUCGUCAACAAGUACGCGCCGCUUCUGCUCGCCAUGCUGCCGAGGGGCCCCGUGACGCCGUCCGGCCCCAGCGGCGGCACGAACGAGGCCGGGAACUGAUUGAGCAAGCGCAGGGUUUCCCUUAGGAUAAUAGAUCCAUCGAUCUAAAGAAAUCUUUAGGCAUGCAGUGGUAGACGGUAUGCUCUGUUUUGCAGUACAAAAUACUUGUACAUACAUGAUUGUUAGACUGGGAGACUUGGGCAUAUAGUGUAGGAUAUACCCCAAAAUUAUACCUUCAUUCUUUAAUUUGUCCCUUGAAGUAAUUGAUUGAAAGAGUUUUGUCUU